AUGGAAGCUACUAGUGCUGCCAUGAAAGAUUCAUCAACAUUGUCAGUUGUGGUGGUAAUGGUUCCAUUCCUAGGCCAGAGCCACCUAAACCAGUUCCUUCAAUUGGCCAAUGUCGUUUCCUCAUACGACAUUCCAGUUCACUACAUUAGCUCAACUCUUCACAUCUCUCGAGUCAAGUCUCGAGCCUCAAACCCAAUUCAUCAACUAACCAAAAUCCAUUUCCAUGAUUACCCACUUCAAUUUUCAUCAUCACCAUUACCUAUGUCCCAUCAUGAAGACCCCUUCUUCAAUUCCGAGUUCGUCAAAAUCUCGUUCCCUUUAUUCGAAUGCUCAACGAACCUUCGCGAACCUGUUGCUGAGCUUCUCCAGUCACUCUCUCAAACCACAAAACGACUUGUCGUUGUUUACGAUCCUAUGAUGGCUUCGGUGGUUCAAGAUGUCGUUCGUAUCCCAAACGGAGAAGCCUACUCAUUCCAUUGCGGCUCUUUUGUUUUCUUUGCAAACAUGUUUAAUCUGUUGGGACGAAACGACAUGUUCCCAAUAAUGGAUAUUCCGCCUUGGGAAUCAUGUUUUCCUGCUGCGUUAAAUCGUUUUCUGGAGAGAGAGAUUGAGGUGGUGAAAUUUCAAGCUGGAGAGAUCUUCAAUACUUGUAGAGCUAUUGAAGGAGCUUUUCUUGAAAGUCUUGUAAACGACAUUGGUGUGGAGAAGAACAAGUUUUGGGCAGUUGGGCCUUUACACCAAACGACAAUGACUCGUAAAGAGCUAAGGAGGGAUCAAGACAAGUGGUUAUUGGAUUGGUUGGACAAACAAGAGCCAAAUAGUGUGUUGUAUAUCUCUUUUGGAACCACAACUAUAUUUUCAGAUGAAGAGAUUAAGGAGAUUGCAAUUGGGUUAGAGCUAAGUGGGGUUAAAUUUAUAUGGGCAUUGAGAGAAGCAGAUAAAUCUGUUCUUUCAAGUAGUAAUGAACAAGGACCUCAACUUCCAAAUGGGUUUGAGGAAAGAAUGAAGGGAAUGGGAAUUGUGGUGAGGGAAUGGGUGCCCCAAGUGGAGAUUUUGGGGCACUCAUCUACAGGUGGGUUUAUGAGUCAUUGUGGGUGGAAUUCUUGUAUGGAGAGUAUAAGUAUGGGAGUGCCUUUAGUAACUUGGCCAUUGCAUACAGAUCAACCUAUCAAUGCUCUGUUAAUCACACAUGUGCUCAAAGUGGGUGUGGCUGUUAUGGAAAGACAGCAGAGAGAUGAGGUUGUGAGUUCAUCCACCAUUAGCAGAGCUGUUAGGACAUUAAUGGCUUCAAAUGAAGGUGGUGAGAUGAGAAAGAGGGCUGAGGAAUUGGGUGCUGAAGUUAGAAAGUCUACUGAAGAAGGACGUGUCACUCGUAUGGAAUGGGAUUCUUUCAUUGCUCAUAUCACUAGAUAG